GUUUGAAGACAAGCCCCGCCCAGCUUCCGGGCACGGGCAGGUUAUAUGUUACUGAACUCCGGAUUCGUUAUUACCGGUGACAGAGUGCAGCUCCAUAGAACACAAUGGCGGCUCUGGACAGGUACAAGGACUCGGGAUUCCAGCAGCCCGCUAGGACAGUCAGAAGCAGCUCUUACACAGAGUGGCAGACUCCUCAAGUGUUGGCAAAACCUCCCAGCAGAAUUUCUGGAUCUCAUGGAGCCAAGGAAGGUGCCAGUCUGCCCAAUGGGGCUUCUGCUUCUGAGCAUGUUGAUGAUUUUUGCAAUGCCAGUGGUAGUAUGUCCUUCCAGCCAAUCAGAAGCCAGGUUGCCAUUCCAACAGCUCACGUUGUGCCUUCUACCAUGGCACCAUCUUCAAGUAACACCAGGAUAUAUGACACAGCUGGGCUAUCCACAGAAUCUGUUGUGCCCAGCUGCCCCUUUGUACCGUCUGCAGACCCUUCCACUGUUGAAGACACUAGAAAGUUUGAAAUGCCCAACAUUGAGCCAACCAUGAACCAGUCGGCUUUGCUAAAUACCCUUUGCACAGAUGGUAGAACAGACUUCUCCUCCGCAGUUAUCAGAGAUGUUGAGCCAUACAGGGCUCUUCCUGAGAGCAAGGAAGUCAGAGGAGCGGAGGUAACUCAUGGCGCUAGAUACCAGUCUUCACAUCUGCAAAGUCAGGGCUGGCGGGCAGAUUCAUAUAGCACCCAGCCCGCACCAGAGUACAGCUCUUGGAAACUGCAGCAACAGUAUGAAGAGAAUUUGAGAAUGAGGAUGGAAAAAUUGCAGCUGAUGAGAGACUAUUCUACAGCGCCAAUGUACUCAGCUGGACUUAACCCCAUUCCAAAUGAGUGGGAACGAGUUGUAAAGGCGAGUGACAACAUUCUGCUUGAGAAGGAGGUGAUGCUGGAGAGGCAGCGUCAGCACAUUGCAGCCUUGGAACAGAAAGUAAGGGAGGGAGAGGUGAAAGUCCAUAACACACUGUUAAACCAGUCUAGUCCAUACAGUGAUAUGUGCAUGAUGAGGAUACAGGACCUGCAGAGAGAGGUUACAUUCUUAAGAGCACAGUUUUCCGAGAAGUCGGAUUCAACUAGCCGAGAGAAGGCAGAACUGGAGAAGAAACUGUGUGCCAUGGAGGCUGAGAGCAGAGGCUUUAGAGAGGCAAUGAAAGAGUUGGCACAAAAACACUCGGAGGAAAUGAAAAAGCAAGAUGAGCGCGUGAAAGGGAGAGAACGGCAUAUUAAUUCAUUGAAGAAGAAAUGUCAAAAAGAAACAGAACAGAAUAAAGAAAAGCAGCAGAGGAUAGAGACGCUGGAGAGAUACAUGGCUGAUCUUCCCACUGCACAGGACCACCAAAAACAAGUGUUGCAGAUGAAGGAACUUCAAGAGCAGAACUGCCUCCUGCAGGAGACAGUGAGUGACCUGGAGAAAAAGCUGAGGGAAUCCAGAGGAAACUGCAAAGAAAGUGAAGCCCUGCUUGCAGAUCAGAAGUUUAAAGAGCAGGAGUAUUUGGAGACCAUUGAAAGAUUACAGAGGGAAAUAAAGAAGUUAGAAAUGGUGGACUGGAAAAAAGAAGAAAAGCGUCUCAUAGAAGAGGCAGAUAAAUUGCAACAAGAAGUGGCAGCUCUGCAUAAAGAGCAAGAUUGCUUACAAAAAGUGAUAGAAAACCAGAAGAAGAGAAUGGAACAGAUGUGCAGUAAAAUUAAGGGUUUGGAGCAGCAGGUCUUUCAAGAAGAGGCUACAGGACAAGCUUUGAAGGAGGAAUCUCAACAAAAAGAAGCUGCACUGAAGCAGCUGAAAGCAGCUGUAAAGGAUUUGGCCACACAAAACCAGGACCUCAUGGAGAGCAAUGUCACAAUGCAGGAACAACUGCGGCUUGCUUCACUAAAGGCACAGCCAUUAGAUGUGCAAGCCGGGCAACUCUUCACACUGUAUAAAGAAAUGAAUCGCUGCCAGAAGGAUCUGAGAUCUAUAUGCUGUUUGCUGAGCCAAAGGGUACAGGGUGUAGACCCUAACCUGUCUAUGUUGCUAGGUGUACACUCUACUACAGGUUUGCAUGAACAGGAAGAAGAUGUUGAAUUAUUCUCUGUUGAAAGCUAUCUGAAUGGCAUAGACAAGCUGAAGAGAGACAUUGAGGAGCUGCGCACGACCAUCAGUGACUGUUAUGCACAAGAUAUGGGAGAUAACUGUAUCACACAGUGACGGCUUGUGUGUCCUGAGGAAUGGAUGUCCAGGACAAAAUGAGAACUGCUCAAAUAGAGAUGGGGAGGCCUUAUGGCAGUAACAUUCCAGUUUCUAAGGAUGUACCUCCAGAUAAUUAAAAGUAAAAUAGUGCAUUUUUAUUGCGUAACUAAGUGUCUGCUGAAUUUCACAAGAAUUUAAUAAUGCACUAAAGGUCCUCCUAUUGUGUUCCCAAUACGCCAAAAAUCCUAGCAGUCACUGGCAUGUAACAAAAAUAGUGCUGCACUGGGUUACCAUCCAAAUACCGGAUAGAUUGGACAGGCAUUAGGUGGAUCUAAUGUUAAAGAAUGGGAGCUUGCCUCCUCUGGGGGUACAGGAACAUUUUUAUAUCACUAUACUGCAAAACAAUAUAGGCACCUGUAUGGGACUGAAAAAUAUAUAUAUAUAUAUAUAUAUAUAUAUUUAUUAUUUUUUAUUUUUUUUUCAGUACUCUAUCAAUACUGAGGCCCUGGGAAUGCUGGAUUAUUUUCUACAAAGAUUGGGUCUCAAUUUCUGUUAUACAGUGCUCCUUACCCCUUGAUUUACUCUCCACAUGAAGCUUUGUGAAACAUUAGCUUAAUAACUUUCUUUAAGCCACUAGAGAGCUUAUGGAAAACUUUGUGUUUUUAAAGAGGACCUCACACGCCUGUUUUAAUAGUUACAUGCAUUCCCUAUGUAAUAACAGUUCUGGAGCAUCUAGUGUUAUGACUUUGUACCGUUCCUUUAUUUCUGCUAGAAGUUAUAAAUUAAUUACUAGCAGUCUGCAGUAAGGGUACAGUGGUACCUGACAACGGCAGGGCUUAUUAGAUAGAAUGAGUCUUGUCAGGUAAUCAGUGCUGCCAUUGUCAGGUACACGUCCUCAACUGAUUGCCACCCCUCUGUACCCUUCCUACAGACUGCUAGUAAUUCAUUCAUAACUUCUAGUAGAACUAAUACAGGAAUGGCACAUCAUAGUCAUAAUAUAUGUUCCAGAAUUGGUAUUACAUGGGGAAUGCAUUAAGCUAUUAAAAAGGGCAUGUUGGGAGCUGUGACGGGUCCUCUUUAAAGCUACUUUUGCUUGGCGUUCUGGGAAUUUGUAGCACUGUAUGUAAAAAUAUCUUGGCGUAACUAAACCUUUUGAGUAAAGUUUUAAGAUGUCCCUAAUGCCCUAAUACAUUUUUUUUUCUAAUAAACUAUAUAAUUUUUUUUAUUAUACUUUUCUUGACAUAAAGCGCACCAUUCCCUGUGCGCUUAAACUGACAUUUCUGAACUAUGCCAGCUUUUAGCUUAGCGAAGCAGGCAGCAGACCGCUCCACUAAGCUAAUCCUGGCAUAGCACAUGGGUACAGGGUACCCAUGUGCUAUGCCAGGAGUUAGGCUCCUUUCAUACGAGCAAGUUUUCCUCACGAGUUGAAUGCGUGACGUGAACACAUUGCACCCGCACUGAAUCCUGACUCAUUCAUUUCAAUGGGUCUGUGUACAUGAGCG